ACCUGUCAUUGAUAAAAAAAUUGAAAACUUUUUUGUCGCACACUGUUUAAUUUUACUAUUUAUUUUAUUAUUAAUGGUACUUAUUAAUUUUGAAUAUCCGUUAUCGUGAUAUUAUGGAAUGUGUGGUAGACGACCGUGAUGCUUUGAAGGAUUUUUUGGAAGAAGCUGAGCUUCAACAAUAUUAUGAGUUGUUCAGGGACAUAUUAAAAGUAACAAAACUAACACAGUUGAAGUUUGUGGUGACUGAAGAUUUAAGUCAAAUAGGUUUAUCGAAACCUGAGCAACGACGAUACAAAAAAGUGUAUUCAAAGUAUUUUCCUAAUCCUUAUAUAUCUAAAAUAAGGAAAUUAUUAAGUGCAAAGAAAAAUAAUGAUCCUUAUUUUCAGGGUCAGAACUCAAUUCCUGUGGAUUUUCAACCAUUUUCUGAAAACAAUGUCAAGGUUCCUACAAAACACAUAAUAUCUAUCGAAGAUAUUACUAUAAAUAAAGAACUAGGUAUGGGCCAGUUUGGUGUGGUCCAGCAAGGAACUUGGACAACAGGAAAUCAAAGACUGCAAGUAGCAAUAAAAUGUUUGGGUCACGAGCGUAUGACUUCAAACUCUACGGAGUUCCUCAAGGAAGCUGCUGUUAUGCAUAGUAUAGAACAUCCAAAUAUUGUGCGCUUAUAUGGUGUUGUUUUACACUUGGAUUCCUUGAUGCUGGUGACAGAGCUGGCGCCACUGCGUUCUCUGUUGGAAUGCCUGCGCGAGGUGUCGCUCCGGCCGAACUUCCCAGUGCCGAAUCUGUGCGAGUUCGCUGAACAAAUCUGUGAUGGCAUGACUUAUCUAGAAAACAAAAGACUGAUUCAUAGGGACUUAGCAGCAAGAAAUAUCUUAGUAUUUAGCAAGGAUAGAGUAAAAAUUUCAGACUUCGGAUUGUCGCGUGCUUUAGGCGUAGGAAAAGACUACUAUCAAACAAAUUACAAUGUAAAUCUCAAGUUACCUGUAGCAUGGUGCGCACCGGAGUGUAUUUUGUACUUACGGUUUACAUCAUCGAGCGAUGUAUGGGCAUUCGGCGUUUGUCUGUGGGAGAUGUUCACAUACGGGUUUCAGCCGUGGGCGGCUUUCUCUGGGCAGCAGAUUCUUGAAGCUAUCGAUGCCCCUAAUUUUCAGAGAUUGGAAAGGCCGGAGUGUUGUCCAGAAGCAUAUUAUGCAACAAUGCUCGAAUGCUGGUUGGACGAUCCUAACGAUCGGCCGAAAUUCAAGGAUCUAGGCCCCAAAUUACAGGCCAUACGACCAGAGCAGGUGCAGACUAAUGUUAACUUCCAAAAACCAGAGGAUGGGAGACGCAAUAAUCUUCUAGAAUAUAAGUCAGGUCAAAUCAUCACAGUACUUGGUAAAGAAAGCAUGACUAAAACGUCAAUGUGGUACGGAGUUCUACCAGGCGGAGCAUGCGGCAUGUUCGAUCCGAGUCACACGAAACCAUACAUAAAACCUGAGAAACUAUCAGUGGCGGGCUCUCUAUCACCGCAUCCGAUCCGCAACUUGGCGCGGUCAUCUAUUCGCUCAUCGUUGCUGAGGUCUGACGUGAAGAGACAUACAUACAAUAGCAAGAGGAGUAUACAGCGGAGUAUGAUAUCCAGCCCUCAAGGGGACGUGAAACACACUGGACACGUAGGCUUGGACGGGGCUUAUUUCGGUGACAUAUCGUUCUUGGACCCGGCGGGAUGUCCGCCUCGUCAAAUCGUCACCCCAUACAAGCCGUCCGAAGAUCUGGAGCAAGUGCCACUAAUCAAUCCCAAUUCACCGUCUCACCUCUCCGGCGCGUCUUGUACUCCACCUUAUCCUUUGUUGAGCCCGAAUAGAUCUGAUCAAAAGACUGAAUGCGAUGAAGUCGAUUUAACAAUGGAAUCGAAAACGAGAAGUCUGAAAAGAACAAGUUACAAAACAGUAUCCGAACCCACAACUAGCAAAAGCAUAUUAAAUAAGGUAAAAAGUGCAACAUUAGGUCGAACACACAAAACAGACGACGCCGCCGCAAAAACUGAUGAGGUUCAUGAAUAUCAUGAAAUAUCAGACACAGAUACGGAAAGUACAGCGGCAGAUACUGCUAGAUUAGAAAAUUUGGCACUUCCAGAUAGUCCUGGUAUUCCUAAGAGCUACGGGGACUUUAGUCAGAGUUUGCUUGAUGAAAUGGAGUCCAUGUUUCGCAGUCUCGAUGGCAGACGCCGGGAUGAAUCUACAGCCGCCGGUAAGGCCUUUGAUAUCGACAUCGGUAUUAGGUGCCAUUCAUUGAGCAAAGCUGAUAAGAAGAAAGCCUGCCAGCCUGGUAGUAUGAAACCAAUGUCUGCCCACGAAGAAAAGACUCUGGAUACUGCUGUAGCUAUGGCAAACGAAAUAGGCAACAUGUCUAUGAACGAUUUGGACGGCGACAACAAGAUGCCUAGCUCGCCGAGUGACAAAUCCAAGUUCCAUUUCAAAUUUCCGCUCGUGUCACUUCACCAUGGCCCGCAAAACGAACCCGAUAAGGAUUCUGCAGGUAAGCAGGAGCGUCGUAACUUUAGCGAGGAGGCGAACAGUGUCCCUGAUAUACAGUCGACCAUAACGGAGGAGAGCAAAAUGGCGUAUACUAGCUUGAUUGAGCAACCGACUCCUUCGUCGUCUCUUGUAGCACACAUGAAGGAUCUGUCGCUGAACAAGCCGUCCGGCAUCCCAAAGCCGGCGCCGCGCACCUACGAUAUGAAGGCGCAAUUCUACUCCAGACAGAAGCAAAUGCCGCUUAAACCAUCACCUGCUGGGGAAACUAUAAUAGAUAUUGAACCUAACCUGAAUAAUCCGAACGAAGUUCCACUCCCGCCGCGUGCUAAUAAGCCUAAACUAGUGGACAAGCCUCGCCAUAUUAGAAAGUACCCAUUGAAGCUACCGUACCAAAUUGAGGGCGCCGCCACAGCACAGCCUUCAGCUCGGCCCAUCAUUUACCAGAACACGUCUUAUCCUCACGCGUACGCGUAUAAGGAGAGGGAAAGGCCUUCCACUCCUUUUAGACCCAUGGAGCACUCCGGUUUUGACGUGUUCGACGGAGUGGAACCGGUGCAGUUUGAUACGAACCCGUUUAAUAAUAGACCAGGCCCGAGUACUGCAAACCCGUUCCAUUAUAAUGUGAAAAACUCCGUGCGUAAAGCUUCGGAGAAGCAAGCGCCAGUUGCAGGGCAGUGCUUCAAGGAGGGGUCUUUGGUUAGAGACUGUACCGACCAUGUGUCGGUGGAAGAUUUGCUCGAGUUUGCGGAUCAGAAGCCAUGCGGAAGGCAACGUGGCGUCGAAUCUGACGAAGUGCGCAUCAUGUGUAAAGUUCUAAAGAAACAGGUGACACCUGACCAGUGCCUCGUGGCAUUGGAGCUGUGCGAUUGGAAUGUGCAUCAUGCUAUCAAGCUCAUGAAGGUGAAGAUUGCAGUCGGUGAAGAUGUCAACAUUGUGGAUUGCUCUGUUGAACUUGCUAAAGCUCACGGGGACGUCGUCAAGGCAUCCGCUGUACUUAUUUUGUCUAAAAAUAACAUGAAUUAAAUAAAUAUCAACGUUAUAACGUUGCUUUGAACUGUA